GACCGUUGCUUGGCAGACACUGGAUGGUUAUGAGCCUGAACAAGCUGAAAAGGGGCAGGAAAAGAAGUGGAGGCAGCAUUCUUCCUAUUUAAAGCUGCAUCGCUUGAAAAAAGUUUUCACAGACUGUGCCGGAGCUGGUGCUGAAAAAGGGGGUUUGCAGAGGCAGCCCCGGGGCUGGUGCUGAAAGAAGAGUCCACAGCUGACUUCAUGGUGCUACAAUAACCUUAGAAUCUACUUUUUAUUCCCAGGAGGACCCACAUGUCUAAUAUUUAGACAUGAUGGCAAACUGGGUAGAAGCAAGACCUCUCCUCAUUCUUACUGUUUUAUUAGGGCAAUUUGUCUCAAUAAAAGCCCAGGAAGAAGGCGAGGAUGAAGGAUAUGGUGAAGAAAUAGCCUGCACUCAGAAUGGCCAGAUGUACUUAAACAGGGACAUUUGGAAACCUGCCCCUUGUCAGAUCUGUGUCUGUGACAAUGGAGCUAUUCUUUGUGACAAGAUAGAGUGCCAAGAAGUUCUUGACUGUGCUGACCCUAUAACUCCUCCUGGAGAAUGCUGUCCUGUCUGUUCCCAAACAGCUGGAGGUGGCAAUAACAACUUUGGUAGAGGAAGAAAGGGACAAAAAGGAGAACCAGGAUUAGUGCCUGUUGUAACAGGCAUACGUGGUCGUCCAGGGCCGGCAGGACCUCCAGGAUCACAAGGACCAAGAGGAGAGCGAGGCCCAAAGGGAAGACCUGGUCCUCGUGGUCCUCAGGGAAUUGAUGGAGAACCAGGUGUUCCUGGUCAACCUGGUUCUCCUGGGCCUCCUGGACAUCCAUCCCACCCAGGACCAGACGGCAUGAGUAGGCCAUUUUCAGCUCAGAUGGCUGGGUUGGAUGAGAAAUCUGGACUUGGGAGUCAAGUAGGACUGAUGCCUGGCUCUGUGGGUCCUGUUGGCCCAAGAGGACCACAAGGUUUACAAGGACAGCAAGGUGGUGCGGGACCUGCAGGACCUCCUGGUGAGCCUGGUGAACCUGGACCAAUGGGUCCAAUUGGUGCACGUGGACCAGAGGGCCCUCCAGGGAAACCUGGGGAAGAUGGUGAAGCUGGUAGAAAUGGAAAUCCUGGUGAAGUGGGCUUUACAGGAUCUCCGGGAGCUCGAGGUUUUCCUGGGGCUCCUGGUCUUCCAGGCCUGAAGGGUCACCGAGGACACAAAGGUCUUGACGGCCCUAAAGGUGAAGUUGGAGCACCUGGUUCCAAGGGUGAAGCUGGCCCUACUGGUCCAAUGGGUGCUAUGGGUCCUCUGGGUCCGAGGGGAAUGCCUGGAGAGAGAGGGAGACUUGGACCACAGGGUGCUCCAGGACAACGAGGUGCACAUGGCAUGCCAGGAAAACCUGGACCAAUGGGGCCUCUUGGGAUAGCUGGCUCUGCUGGUUUUCCUGGAAAUCCUGGAAUGAAGGGAGAAGCGGGUCCUACUGGGGCACGAGGCCCUGAAGGUCCUCAGGGGCAGAGAGGUGAAACUGGACCGCCGGGUCCAGUUGGCUCUUCUGGUCUUCCUGGUGCAAUGGGAACUGAUGGUACACCUGGUGCCAAAGGUCCCAUGGGCUCUCCAGGUACCUCUGGUCCUCCUGGCUUGGCAGGGCCCCCUGGAUCUCCAGGACCUCAGGGUAGCACUGGACCUCAGGGAAUUCGAGGCCAACCGGGUGAUCCAGGAGUUCCAGGUUUCAAAGGAGAAGCUGGCCCAAAAGGGGAACCAGGGCCACAUGGUAUUCAGGGUCCGAUAGGCCCACCUGGAGAAGAAGGCAAAAGAGGUCCCCGAGGUGACCCAGGAACAGUUGGUCCUCCAGGGCCAGUGGGAGAAAGGGGUCCUCCUGGCAAUCGUGGUUUUCCAGGCUCUGAUGGUUUACCUGGACCAAAGGGUGCUCAAGGAGAGAGGGGUCCUGUAGGUUCUUCAGGACCCAAAGGAGGCCAGGGGGACCCAGGACGACUAGGUGAACCUGGGCUUCCAGGUGCUCGGGGUUUGACAGGAAAUCCUGGAGUUCAAGGUCCAGAAGGAAAACUUGGACCUUUGGGUGCUCCUGGAGAAGACGGCCGUCCGGGCCCUCCGGGGUCCAUAGGAAUCAGAGGGCAGCCUGGGAGUAUGGGUCUUCCGGGCCCCAAGGGUAGCAGUGGCGACCCUGGGAAGCCUGGAGAAGCAGGAAAUGCUGGUGUUCCUGGGCAAAGGGGAGCUCCAGGGAAAGAUGGUGAAGUUGGUCCUUCUGGUCCUGUGGGCCCUCCGGGUCUCGCUGGAGAAAGAGGAGAACAGGGACCUCCAGGCCCCACUGGCUUUCAGGGGCUUCCUGGUCCUCCAGGGCCUCCUGGCGAAGGUGGAAAACCAGGGGAUCAGGGUGUUCCUGGAGAUCCUGGAGCAGUUGGCCCAUUAGGACCCAGAGGAGAACGAGGAAAUCCUGGGGAAAGAGGAGAACCAGGAAUAACUGGCCUCCCUGGUGAGAAGGGCAUGGCUGGAGGACACGGUCCUGAUGGUCCAAAGGGCAGUCCAGGUCCAUCUGGGACCCCUGGAGAUACAGGCCCACCAGGUCUUCAAGGAAUGCCGGGAGAAAGAGGAAUUGCAGGAACUCCUGGCCCCAAGGGUGACAGAGGUGGCAUAGGAGAGAAAGGCGCUGAAGGUACAGCUGGAAAUGAUGGUGCUAGAGGUCUUCCAGGUCCCUUGGGCCCUCCAGGUCCUGCAGGUCCCACUGGAGAAAAGGGUGAACCUGGUCCUCGAGGUUUAGUGGGCCCUCCUGGCUCCCGUGGAAAUCCUGGUUCUCGUGGUGAAAAUGGCCCAACCGGGGCUGUUGGGUUUGCUGGACCCCAGGGUCCUGAUGGGCAGCCUGGGGUGAAAGGAGAACCUGGAGAGCCAGGACAGAAGGGAGAUGCUGGUUCUCCUGGACCACAAGGGCUGGCAGGAUCCCCUGGCCCUCAUGGUCCUAACGGUGUUCCUGGACUAAAAGGUGGCCGAGGAACCCAGGGUCCACCGGGUGCUACUGGAUUUCCUGGUUCUGCUGGCAGAGUUGGACCUCCAGGCCCUACUGGAGCUGUAGGACCUGCGGGACCCUUAGGGGAACCUGGGAAGGAGGGACCUCCAGGUCUACGUGGGGACCCUGGCUCUCAUGGGCGAGUGGGAGAUCGAGGACCAGCUGGCCCUCCUGGUGGUCCAGGGGACAAAGGGGAUCCUGGAGAAGAUGGACAAUCUGGUCCAGAUGGUCCCCCUGGUCCAGCUGGAACUACUGGGCAAAGAGGAAUAGUUGGCAUGCCUGGGCAACGUGGAGAGCGGGGCAUGCCUGGUCUGCCAGGCCCAGCGGGCACACCAGGAAAAGUAGGGCCAACUGGUGCAACAGGAGAUAAAGGUCCACCUGGACCGGUGGGACCCCCCGGCUCUAAUGGUCCUGUAGGGGAACCUGGACCAGAAGGUCCAGCCGGAAAUGAUGGUACUCCGGGACGGGAUGGUGCUGUUGGUGAACGUGGUGAUCGUGGAGACCCUGGGCCGGCUGGUCUACCAGGCUCCCAGGGUGCCCCUGGAACUCCUGGCCCUGUUGGAGCCCCAGGAGAUGCAGGACAAAGAGGAGACCCGGGUUCUCGGGGUCCUAUAGGACCACCUGGUCGAGCUGGAAAACGUGGUUUACCUGGACCACAAGGACCUCGUGGAGACAAAGGUGAUCACGGAGACCGAGGUGACCGAGGUCAGAAGGGCCACAGAGGCUUCACUGGUCUUCAGGGUCUUCCUGGCCCUCCUGGCCCAAAUGGUGAACAAGGAAGUGCUGGAAUCCCUGGACCCUUUGGCCCCAGAGGCCCCCCAGGCCCAGUUGGUCCUUCGGGUAAAGAAGGAAACCCUGGGCCACUUGGCCCGAUUGGACCUCCAGGUGUGCGGGGCAGUAUAGGAGAAGCAGGACCUGAGGGCCCUCCUGGUGAACCUGGCCCACCUGGCCCUCCAGGUCCCCCUGGCCACCUCACAGCUGCUCUAGGGGAUAUCAUGGGACACUAUGAUGAAAGCAUGCCAGAUCCACUUCCAGAGUUUACUGAAGAUCAGACAGGUGAAUACUGGAUUGAUCCUAACCAGGGAUCUGUUGAAGAUGCAAUCAAAGUUUACUGCAACAUGGAUACCGGAGAAACGUGUAUUUCAGCAAACCCAUCCAGUAUACCUCGCAAAAUGUGGUGGGCCAGUAAAUCUCCAGACCAUAAGCCUAUUUGGUAUGGUCUUGAUAUGAAUAGAGGCUCUCAGUUCACUUAUGGGGACCACCACUCACCUAAUACAGCCAUAACCCAGAUGACCUUCUUACGCCUUUUAUCAAAAGAAGCUUCCCAGAACAUUACUUACAUCUGUAAAAACACUGUAGGGUACAUGGAUGAUCAAGCUAAGAAUCUCAAGAAGGCUGUGAUUCUUAAAGGGGCAAAUGAUUUAGAAAUCAAAGCAGAGGGAAACAUUAGAUUCAGAUAUAUAGUUCUUCAAGAUACUUGCUCUAAGAGAAAUGGAAAUGUGGGCAAGACGGUCUUUGAAUAUAGAACGCAGAAGGUGGCGCGCUUGCCGAUUAUAGAUCUUGCCCCCGUGGAUAUCGGCAGCACAGACCAGGAAUUUGGCGUAGAACUCGGGCCAGUUUGUUUUGUGUAAAGUAAGCCCAGAUACAUCGGCAAUAAGGACCACCAUCAAUGACAACCACCAUUCACAAGAACUUUGACUGUUUGAAGUUGAUCCUGAGACUCUUGAAGUAAUGGCUGAUCCUGCAUCAGCACUGUACAUACGGUCUUACGUGCCUGGCCUCCUUAUCCUUCAGAAUAUUUAUUUUACUUAUGAUCCUCAAGUUUUAAUUGAUUUAAAAUAUUUUUCAAUACAGCAGUUUAGGUGUAAGACGACCAAGGACAAUGACCACCUUUUAAAAAAGUAAACUGAUUAAAUAAACAAUCUCCGUUUUCUUCCAUUUAUUUUGAUGUAAUGAAAAAGAUGCUUAGUAUUUAUGAGGAAAUUCUUCUUCCCGGCAGGUAGCUUAAAGAGUGGGGUAUAUAAAACCACAACACACGUGGCUUGCUUGAGGCUACACUUUGGAAAAUAGAAAGUGCUCUUUCGUGACUUCUUCCCAGAUUAUUAAUUAAAAAUGGAAAUGUUUAACUUUGUGAUUGAGACCCACAUGCAUGUCUUGAUAUUGUGUAACUAUUAUAGAGAUGCUUGAAAAGAAUCCUUAAAAAACACCAGUUUCUCAAUGUCUUAAGUGGGAUUUUCAAAAAAUAUAUAUUCAAUGGCAUUUUAGGAGAACACAGUGAAAUGACUUCAACUUCUUACAUAUGUGUAAAGUGUGAUAACAUUAGACUUCUUUCUUAUUCAAAUUUAAGGAUACCCUUGUCCACCAGAGCCAAUCUAUCUAUGUGGAUAGAAGUUACACUAGUAUACUAUUUAAUACAUUAGCUAUUUCUUAUUUAAGAAGAUAUUGAAUACAAAAUAGUAGAACUUAAUAGACACAUGUCCAGGACCCUAAGUUGAAACUCCUCCACACAUAAAUCUUAUCAUCCUGAAGCCUAUAAUGAAGAAAAAAGAUCUAGAAACUCAGUUGUGGAGCUGACUCUAAUUAAAUGUGAUGAUUGGAAUUAGACCAUUUGACCUUUGAACUUUCAUAGGAAAAUGACCCAACAUUUCUUAGCAUGAGCUACCUCAUCUCUAGAAGCUGGGAUGGACUUAUUAUUCUUCUUUAUAUUUUAGAUACAGAAAGGUGCUAUGCUUCUGUUAUUAUUCCAAGACUGGAGAUAGGCAGGGCUAAAAGUAUUAUUAUUAUUUUUCCUUUAAUGAUGGUGCUAAAAUGCUUUCUCUAAAACUCUUUGACAAUAAAGAUGGCUUCAUCACUAUCAUUGUGAAAAACCUAAUUGCUAGACAUCCCAUUUCUGAAAGAAAGAGCAUUGUUCCAAUGCCUUUCACUGUUCCUCUGUCAUAUGUAUCUGGAAUGCUUUGUAAUAUUUGCAUGUCUCUGAGACCAGAACAGUCCCCUUGUGCCUCGAGAUUUUUAAAAAAUUGCAUUUGUUGACUCUUUAUUUUUUUCUUUAAAAAUAAAUAACUGGGACCAUCCCAAAGGACAAGCCAUGCACACAACUUUGGUCAUGUAUCUCUGCAAAGCAUCAAAUUAAAUGCACGCUUUUGUCAUGUCA